UUGGUUUACUAUAAUAUGGGAGAGUACGAAAAAGCAAAAGAUUUUUAUGAACGAGCGUUAGAAAUUGACACGAAAACAUUUGGACCUGACCAUGUUAAUAUUGCGAUAAGGUACAACAAUCUGGGUUUGGUUUACAAGGAAAUGGGAGAGUACGAAAAAGCAAAAGAUUUUUAUGAACGAGCGUUAGAAAUUGACAAGAAAACAUUUGGGCCUGACCAUGUUAAUAUUGCGAUAAAGUACAACAAUCUGGGUUUGGUUUACAAGGAAAUGGGAGAGUACGAAAAAGCAAAAGAUUUUUAUGAACGAGCGUUAGAAAUUGACACGAAAACAUUUGGACCUGACCAUGUUAAUAUUGCGAUAAGGUACAACAAUCUGGGUUUGGUUUACAAUAAAAUGGGAGAGUACGAAAAAGCAAAAGAUUUUUAUGAACGAGCGAUAGAAAUUGACAAGAAAACAUUUGGGCCUGACCAUGUUAAAAUUGCGAUAAGGUACAACAAUCUGGGUUUGGUUUACAAUAAUAUGGAAGAGUACGAAAGAGCAAAAGAUUUUUAUGAACGAGCGUUAGAAAUUGACACGAAAACAUUUGGACAUGACCAUGUUUGGAGUCUUUAAAUAUGAAGUCCUUUAGCAAUUCUUUACAUGUAUACUGAAGUACUCCUUCUAGUAUAUCAUGCAUUGCAUCACCUGGCAUGCCAUCUGCUACAUGAAAAUACCUAGAGUUGCGAAGAAUUGAUCUCCUGCAAAGCCCAUCUGCUUUACUCAGUUCUGGGUUUUCUUCAAUCAGUUCACAUUGGCGGUCAUGACCAGCACGAGUUCCAAGUGUAAAAUUUUUUCUAAAAACUGAAAGAAUUACUUUAAAGUGUAUGUUCCUGGUCUGCUAAAAACCAUGAUAAAACAUUUGAUCUAUGUUGAAACAGGUUAAUAAUGUAUUAUCAUAAACAUACAUACCUUCUGCUUUAUUUGUUCAGUGGUCCCCAUGCAUUGCCGGCAUUUCAAAUGUGCACCUGGACCUUCUUUGAAUCCACCCAUGAGUUGUGAUCCAAGAUUGUCUCCAGAAACCAACACAAUAGUCCCAGAAAAUGACAUAGGUUCACCUUUAACAAUGAACUGGUGACCUCCAUCCUCAAAAAAGAAGUGUGACAGUUAAUUUUAAGCAAUUUUUAUCAAACUACUUACUCUGCACAAUUAUCAAUAACAGUUUCACUACCAAGGGCAUUUGCAAUUUCCAACUCAUCAUAGUAAAGCAUGAUUUGUAAAGCAGUUGAGUCCUUGGAAAACAGAGGAUGGGUUUUGAAAUACUGGCCAUCGCAAAAAUCCUCAAUCACAUCAUCAUGUUUAUGUUGCCAAAGAUGACCAUGGUUUAGCUGAAAUUGAAAUCAAAGAAUGAAAAUAUUAAAUUUAUUGAUAAAUUAAAUUUAUUAUUAACCAGCAAUGGAAAUAUCUGGUGGUAGGAUGGGUGCCUUCCUACCAUCAGACAUUUCAAAUUAAAAUCAGGCUAUUUUUAUAUUUUCAUGAAAUAAUUGGAAUAUAUUUUUGGAAAUGUGCUCUAAUAAACGCAUGUCAUCAUUGUUUUUGCUUUCAUGGAAACUAACACAGUAAAACACACAUAACGUUCCUUUUAUGGUUAUACAUAGAAUAUGUAUUAAUAUUUUGCAACCCUGUUAUUGAUAUGUGUACUUGCAAAGAUGUAGUUGUCAUAGUUUGAUAAACUUGCCAACAUAAAAAAAAACACAACCAUGCUAUUAACAA